AUAACCAAACGUCAUAAUAACAAUAUAGACUGUCCAGAAUGUUUUUUUUAAAAAGGCUAAAGAAACUAAACGUCGACUAUACGUUGCUAAAGAAUCACGACGUUUUUUGAUGAUUUCGAUUCAAUCUCAGACGUCGCGGUGCUCUAUUCUGCUCAACAGUUCUUCGUAGAGAAAAGAAGCAAUGGUCGGUUGCGUCGCACGGGGAGUGUUUAUAAAAUUUUAGUUUCAUAUCAGUUGAAUAAAAUUCGGCUUCGGUGUUGCUGUGAAGAGACUAAAGUUCAAGUCCCAUUCCCGCUUCGAGGAGGUAAAAGGAAAAUAAUCCAUCAAUCGCAUGCACCACAAAAAUGAAUACGGGGCCGACUCCGCCGGAGUGCGCGCUCGCCGCCGAAAUGUUCGACCAUUUCUGCUCGGCGGGCACAAUGAAACAGAUCCUUGGCCUUCAUCGGGAGAUUUGCGCUACAUUGAACCUCAUACCUACUAGACUUCCGGACUUUUAUCCUAAGCUAAAGGCGAAGCUAGCGAGUUCGUGGAAAGCUCAGGCACUGUUCAAAAAGUUUGAUGCCCGGGCCAAUCACAAGGUCUACAGUAAAGGGCGCUCGUGCACAACAACCAAAGUACUCAUCAUAGGCGCCGGACCUUGUGGGCUACGGGCAGCUAUAGAAUGUCAACUUCUGGGUGCUAAAGUUGUGGUGGUGGAAAAGCGUGACCGUAUGUCUAGGAACAACGUGCUGCAUCUGUGGCCUUUCGUUAUCGAUGAUCUGCGGGCCCUGGGUGCCAAGAAAUUUUUCGGCAAAUUUUGUGCCGGAUCUAUAGACCAUAUUAGCAUUCGGCAGUUGCAAUGCAUAUUGAUGAAGGUAGCGCUACUGCUCGGUGUUGAAAUACACGAAGGCGUUGGUUUUGAAGAACUGCUCGAACCAUCGGUUUCUGAAAACUCUGAAAUACUAGGUUGGAGGGCUCGCGUCUCACCAAUCGACAACGUGGUCUCACAGUACGAGUUUGACGUGCUACUCGGUGCCGACGGCAAAAGGAACACGCUGCAAGGAUUCAAAAGGAAAGAAUUUAGAGGGAAACUGGCCAUGGCCAUUACUGCCAAUUUCAUAAAUAGGCACACAGAGCAGGAGGCCUCCGUACCAGAAAUAAGCGGAGUCGCUUUCAUAUUCAACCAGAAAUUUUUCAAGGAGCUUUACGAAGAGACUGGCAUCGAUUUGGAGAACAUUGUUUACUACAAGGACGACACGCACUACUUCGUAAUGACGGCGAAGAAGCACAGCCUGCUCGAUAAAGGAGUGCUACUAAAGGACUAUGCGGAAGUAUCACGUCUGCUGAGCGUCGAGAAUGUCGAUCGGGCGGCGUUGAUGCGUUACGCGCAGGACGCGGCGCGCUUCUCGACGGACGGGAGGCUGCCGCUCCGGGACUUCGCCCUCAAUCACUACGGGGAGCCCGACGUUGCGCUAUUCGACUUCACUUCUAUGUACGCGGCAGAAAAUGCAAGCAUGGUAUAUGAGAGACUCGGUCGUCGACUUCUCUGCCAGUUGGUCGGAGACAGUCUUCUGGAACCUUUCUGGCCCACUGGCUCGGGUUGCGCGAGAGGCUUCCUUUCAGCUUUGGAUGCAGCCUGGGCAGUGAGGGCCUGGGGUCAGACUCCGACGCCGCAUCCACUUGAAGUUAUAGCCGAGAGGGAAUCUAUAUAUCGACUUUUGGCCCAAACUAUACCUGAGAACUUACAUCGCGAUUUCGGCGCGUACACCCUCGAUCCUGGUACGAGAUAUCCGAAUCUAAACCGACGUGCCGUGACACCCAUUCGGGUCACAUCGUUCUAUGACUCUGACGAUCCUCUGCCCUUGGACGCUGCUCCCAGCAGCAUCAGGAAACGUCGCAGAGAAUCGGACGUGUCUGACGACGUGCUGUCCGCGUGGGUCGGUUGGUCCGAACCCGGUAUAAGGGCUGCGGUGGGACCGAACGCGCUCUCGGCGCUGCUGAGGAGAUACAGACCUGACCUACUGCCGGCCACGAGUACUCCACGAUCGGUCUACCAUGUACUGCAUCACGAGUUUGGUAUAGUACCGUUUUCAUCGGGUGGUACGAUGAGAGACGUGUCGGACGCUAAGGUUCGCUCGUACCUGGCUCGUGUAUACAACGCGUUCAAGGGCGAAGUGCCUCACGUGCACCACGAGACGGACGUUUUUGAUCAGAUUAAACUGAGCCAGCAAAAGGAAAAACAUAUCAGGAACACAGCUGAACACUCUCUUUCUAUGUAUGCAAAUGCAGGGGACGCGGACAAAUCACAUUCAAGUUGCAGGAAGAAGAGGCGGUCCCUUCGCUCCUCACAAGUAAGUAACGAUCCAGCCGAGUAUAUAAGGAAAAAGAUCGGCAAGCUAGAUCUAGACGAUAUCACGCAGCUCGCGAGGCUCAUCGAGGGGCACGACGCGGCCACUGACAGCGACUUACGCAUCGACAAACAGAGAGACUUGCAGGAACAGAUCCUCGCCCUCCUCGACCCUGAAGAGUCACCGGACCCCAAAGUUUUGAGAGAAUCGCUCGCGCACCUACUACAGGGUGCUUCUAGAACUCAGGUGCAUCGCGAUCAAUCCGAGAUCGCGCAAUUUUUCCAAGAGAACUUUGAAAAACCGGUUAAACCACCACGUAGACUUAAAGGUCUCGCCGCUAAUUCAGUGAAGAUUCCGGAUCUAACAGAAUUCGAAGACUCUGCCGAUACUGACGUAACUGUCGUCAAAGUGGAUAUGAAGACACCUCGGGCUGCAUCCGUCGACAGAGAGAAGCUGACCCGAUCGUCGGAGAGUCCUUUUCGUGCGCCAAGAAACAGACGCUUAUCAGACGUAUUAGAAAAGAGUAAGGACUCUGAGAGCGCCGUCGUCUUCAAGCGAUCUAACUCUAUUGAUUCCGGCGAAGUGGCCAAUACGAGGCGUAUCGCAGAGAUGUUUGAAGGCCAACGAAGAAGAGACACGCCAAGUCCAGACAAGAGAUCAACACGCUCCGCUUCCACCAACCCUGAAAUGGCGUUACGUUUGCAACGAAUGGCUGACAUAAUUGAAGGGAAGAAACGGGACACCCCAAGCCCUGAUAGGGUGAAACACGAAUCGAUCGGCAAUCCUGAGAUGGAGCUCCGUCGUCAGCGCGUCGUCGAUUUGAUCAAAGGACCGAAGCCCUUAGCUCUUGAACCCACUCAACGAAAGAACAAUGCCGAAAUGUCCUUCAGGAUGCAGAGAAUGUCCGAUAUUAUGCAGAAGAAGAACGCCGAAGCGAAACGUCCGAAGACAAUGAGCAGGCGCAAAGCGGCUCGAGAGAUCAUGAAACAACGAUUCGAGAAGAGCGUGCAAAUGUUGGCGGCCGAGCCUCGACUGGACUUCGCGCCUUCGGCCGAUCUCGAAAACGACUACGGUCUGCAGCAGUACCGGGCCAAUGCUCCAGAUUUCGAGGAGCGCGUCAAGAAACUAGAACGGAAGCUGCAGCACUAUGAGGAGGGCCGUAUCGUCGGUGGUGGAGCCCGUACGUCCGGCGGCGGAGACCGAGUCGCCCGUCUCGCGGCCGAACUGUCCGGCGGCCCCACCUGUAGUUUGACGCCGCGACCUUCUAAACCGAAGGACCUGAUGCGUUCAGUUGGCAAGAUCGAAAGGGACGAUUGGAACAUGAAAGAGAUUGAGAGGAAAAUAUUAGAGAACAGACUCGGCAGGCCGGAGCCAAAGACGGCUGAGAAAGUACCAAAGUGGGACAGGGAACAGUUUCUUGGACGACAAAGACGACUAAAAGAAGGUGACGGAAGCGAGAAAUGGGUAGAAAUUGAUGACACUUUAAACAAACUGAAUCAAAAAUUAAAUGACUCCGGAAGACCUGACCACGGAACUAAAAAGGUAGCAAAUUUGGCAACUAAAUUCGUAAAGAAAGACGAAACUGAACAAGACAAGGGACGCCCUAAAGAGGUCAAGCGUGGUUGGCGCGGACCGGCGUCGACGGGUAUGCAAUGCGCCGCCUGUGGAACGCGGGUUUUCGCCGCCGAGGGCGUGACGGCGGAUGGACUGCAUCUACACAGGGCGUGCUUCCGAUGUGCCGUCUGCAAGACGGUACUGCGACCCGGAAACUAUAAAAUGGAACGUUACGGCAACCGUCUCGUCUGUCUCCGGCAUUCGGGAGUCAGCGUGACCGAUGCUGUGGCUGCCGCUUCUGCUUUAGAUGCUCCCCAGCCGACCAGGAGUCAGGCUCCCACGCCCACGCCGGAAAGGAUAAGCAUCGAAUUAUCCGACAGCGGAGCGAGGGAAAUCGACGAAGACGAAUGGACUGACAGGAACUUCCUAGCCAGCGAAACGUCGGGAGCUGGUGGUCUUAGCGAUGAAGAGGAAUCAAGUUCAGAAGAUUACACGGAUGCAGAUGAGGGCGACAACGAAGCUGAUCACUCGCCGGAACCUCAAGGGAUCGCUGAAGUGCGCUCUCCGCGAACAGAUCUCUAUUUUUCUGGUGAUUCAUUCGGUUACGAUGACUAUUCAGAUGACGGAGCGGAAUCAUCAGGGAAUGAGUCGUGCUCGCGAAUGAGAGCUGCCCGGGAGGCUCGGCGUCGCGAAGUGCCGGCCGACAAUCGGCUCCCGACUGACAGCAGCGAGGUGGAGUCAGAAGAGGAGAGUGAAGAGGAGUCAAGUGACGAGGAAGUGUCGUCCGCGACGGAAGUGUCGACCGAUAGCGAAUUCGCUCGCGAAGAAACCGCACCGGUGCCUUCGCUUCCUGCCAUCCUAGUCACGGAGGCUACACCUCCAGCGCCUCCGCCUCCUCAGGACUACCCUCUUAGCAGGACUCGCUCAGCCGGCGGACUCGCAACUAAACGAGCCCUCGAACUCAAGCGAAAGUACCUCUUAGGGGAACCGUCCCCGCCUGCCGUUAGAAAAUCGGACUCCACUUCCCAAAUAGACAAUAAAUUCGAAGCUUUCCGUUCAACUAUAACAGAAUUUCAGAAGUUGCUGCAUCCCGCUCCAGUUUCUUCAAUCGCACAGCCACAGAAACCGAUCGUCAGCUUUCAAACCGCUGAUGGUGAUAUAAAACCGCAGCCAAUGCCCGAUAUCAUUAAGAACUUAUGCAACGACGCGCCCGUCGAUCUAUUAACUAAAAUAGACUCACCGCUCUGCAAAGAUUGGAGCUCUGAUACUCUACACGAAGGCAACAAGGGACGUCUCGACUUAGAAUCGGACUCGCUCUCUGAGGAUUCAUCACACACGGCCACGGCACCGAACCAGGCCGUACCAAGAGUCGAAGUGCACGACGAAGGUGGGGAAUUGAUACAGUUAGAUAGCUUGAUGCUUGUCAACAGUUGUACCGAAGACAACGAUGAGAAAGUAUCAGCCGCAGCCACCGUGACUGGUCCGACAGUCGUGGCUGCAGAGUCAGAAUCUUCAGAGUCGUGUAGAGAUGCGACUACCCUAGCUUUGACCGAAACCGAACUGUCGGACUGGGCGGCCGAGAGUGGAGUAUUAGAUGACUGUGGUUUUGACGAGAAGGACGACAGAAAAAGAAGCAAGAAUCCCAGGACAUUGAGCGGCCCAAAGCUGGUGCACGAAGCCAAGAACAUAUCAGCUGUAGCGUCGCACGUAUGCGGCAAGACGAGCCCCACCGAACCGGUAGUUUAUUCGAACGCGUUAGAACAUUUCGAGUUCGCCGACGAGGGAGAACAAGAUCCGUCCCUCGAGAGCCCCCUGACGCCCAAGAACUACGGCUACAUGGAGCUGGUCGACGACGACUACGCGUAUUCGCCGAGCAACGAUCGUUCCAUGAAUUUCAUCGAAAAAACCUUUUCGGAGACCGUUUUGAAGCCCGCUAGCCAAGAAGUUAGCGUCCGUCAAGAGGAGCCGAUCACCGAAACGAGCGCUGAAACAGAAGCCGUAUCAGAACCUCAAGGCGAGUUAAAGUCGCCGCCGCACUGCUUGAAGUAUACAGACACCGAUCCAAGCGACAGGUCGACGAGCGAGAAACAAACCAGUGAUAGCAUAACAAACGUAAGCUCAACUCCCGAAUUGAAAAUAGGGAGACUGAGUCUAUCGGAGGUAUCUUCCCCGAUAGAUAAAGUAGACAAGACUGAGUCUUUAGAGGAGGCCUCGCCGCCGCUGAUCUCCGAGUCAACCAUGUCCAGUAUAGUUCCGAAUUCCAUACCGUUCUCUGGGUCUUGUUCGAUAAGGCUCUAUUCUCCGGCGAUAUGCAGGUCCGCAAGCGAAACUUUCCACAGAUCGAAUUCCCGCAACUUGGAGUCCCCACGAAGCGGUGACGUAUCGAUGUCGAUCAACUUGAGCUCGGCAAGUUCCAUAUCACCAAUGAGUCCCGUGCUGGCGCAGGACACAACUGAUAAAGUACAAGAGAUAAAGCGAGAAAGAGAGGAACAGACCGAGCUGGUGAGACGACUGGUCCUGGAGAGACUCGGCAGCGGUCCUCGUGCGAAUAGGAAAUGCAACCGAAGAAUACGUGCAUCGCCUACAUGCAGCAUGUCUCCACCCGUACCUCCUCCGCCGGUAUUGCCGGAGCCUCCACCGCCGCCACCACCCCCGAGACCUUCUCCUCCCCUUAUGCCCAUACAAGUCACCCCUUCAUUCUCCGACCCAGAACUCGCGAGGGAAAGGCGAAGCAAGGGCAUAAUGAAGAGCAUAUCGAGUUAUCUAAAUCGUAGACUCGGACCGCGACAUAAGUGGGUUUCCGAGCCGGAGCUGACGUGGCACGAACCUCAGCAAAGGAUCACGAACGCUCACAAGUCGACUGGAGCUCUACAGCAGGAGGCGCCCCCUGUGCCCCCUCGGCCUGCAGGAUACAUGCCCCCCACCCCACCGCACGAGCAGCAGUCUCCCCCGCGAGUGCCACCCGGUCCGGCGUGCGACGUAGACGAACGCGACGCUAUGCAGUUGUGGUUCGAAGCUCGGUGGGCGCGUCUAGUGGCUCAGAGACGUGCGCGAGAAGAGCCAAGGGGAGAGUCGACAGCCCGCAGACUAGCGCGACUCGAACGCAGACUAACAAGACCGCUCUCCGCGGAGCAGCAAGCGGCUACAGUCGCGGAGCUAGUGCAAGUAUCAGCGCAGCGUGACGCGCACCAAGCUCUAAUGGCUGCUGACAGGAGACGCACUGCCGCCCACAGCAGCGUGGGAGAUUAACCCAACGGGACUUGCAUCCGGCUUGGAUGUGAGGAAACGAAACCACGGGAUCGCAACGAUAUUAAAAUUAAUUAAAACACCUCAUGCGCUAUAUAUUUCACUCUUCGUACACAUACACGGUAAAAGAGCGAAUCUUACGGUUAUUGUCAAUGUGUGUAACAUCUACCCUCGGUAGUUAGAAAAAAAUUUAAAAUUCUUUUUUAUUCUUCUUUUUUAUUUUUAGCGAAAUCUCACCCCAAUUGACUCGUAACGGUAUAAACACAUCUUAUUUAAAAUGUUAUAUAAUAUAUAUAAUAUUAAUAACUGCUUAUGUCAAAGUAGUUUAAUAGCAAUGCAACUGUUAGAUACUUAGAUAAUGAGAACUUAUGUAUUUUAAUUGUUAAGAGCUCUACAUAUUAUUGAAUUUUUUGUUGCUUUUUCUAUGUUUCAAACGCAUACCGAGCGCUUAGGUGUUACUCAGGGUAACAUUUUUAAAUUUCAAUAAAAAAAUAUCAGUUUGAUUUAAAGUCAAUUUUGUCACAAUCUUUACGAAAUAAAUCGUAACACGAUUAUUUUUUUAUUUGAGGAAAAUUCGAAACAUGACCUGUUUACUGCUUUUAGUGCUUAAAGAGCAUUUAGAAGUUGUUCAAAUCAAUAACUAUAUCAUUAUUAUUAUCAUGUUUUACGUUACUAUUCAUGUUUGACAAAAAUAUGUCCCUGUCUCGCUCACUCUCUGUUGAUCAGAAGAAGAGGAGAAUACCGACAUGUUAUUAGCUGUAAAUUUAAGGAACGCGUAUGUGUGUAUAUACGUUUUAUUUAGCAAAUGCUACCGGAUAACUAACUCGUAAGCGGUUCAAAAUAUAUGUAAUUUAAUUAUUAUUCUCUAAUAGGAAAUUUUUUAAACGCUUACAUGCAGCUAAGCUCCGUUCUAUAAUCAUCUGCAAGGGAUUUUUUUCAAUUUUAGUUUAAAAAAAACGAAAGUAGUAUAUAUAUAUAUUUAAAUAUAUAUAUAUAUCUAGAAUUGGAAUUCUGACACACAAAAAUAAAAAAAUUACAUCACUAUUGCACUAAUACCUUUCUUUUCUAAACUCUUAUUUAUUAUAAUAAUAAAAAAUUAACUGACACUAUUUUUUACGCCUUGCUCAUUUCAAUCGUUUUAGCUAUCUUUCUUUUCUCUGUUAUUCUGUUUCUCAUUCUCUUUUCCCUUUCUUACCGUUUUCUCUCACUCACAACUUAACGUUCCGUUCCACACUUUUCAUAUGUUGCAUUCUUACCAAUCCUACAUAUAUAUAUAUAUAGAUGUGAGUCAGAAAAAACGGUACGAUAUAUAUAUACAUAUAUUUUUUUAAGUUUAAAUUACACAUUGAAGUUUAUUUGGGGCGCAUACAGGCGGUUGCAAAUUAAAAAUGUAUAGUAAAUUUCGCUUAAUUUAUGUAUCAGACUGUACAUUUAAAUAAAGUUAAUGUCAAUUAUACUAAUAUAACACACGGACUAAGUUGACGAUGCCAAAAAUAUAGGUUUUGUUUUGUGACUUACGAUUUUUUUGUCUAUAUAAAUACCUACUAUACUGUUCUCUUCUCCCAGCAAAAGAAAUGGUUCUCACCAAAUUUGACAUUAUAUUGAAGGGAUUCUUUUAAAUGGACGUAUUUUUUUUUACAAUAAUCUUUUCAUGUAUAUUAGUACAAAAAAUGUUUUAUGAUUUCGCAUGAUUCUUAAGAUAUCGUCCUUAUUUUAAACGGAAUGCAUGUAACUUAUUGAUAAAACUUAUUAUUGUUCUGAUUGGAAAGUUUCAUAAAUAAAAAAUGAUUUUUUUUACGAAUUUUAAAUAAAGAUAAAAUGGCGGUUUUUAUUUACAACCUACUCUGACACUAAUUAGAAAAAAAGCAAAUGUUCCCAUUAAAAGAUUGUAAUUAUUGCCAUUAAAUGAUUUGCUUAAUUCUUGUUCUUUUAAAAAAUAUAUAUUUUUAUGCAUGUAAAUUUUUGUAAUACAAGUUUCAAGAAAUCAAUUUUUGUGUACCUUUUAGCUUUAAUAUACGAGCCGCAUUAUUAACACACAUUGUUAAAAUCGACUAAAAAAAAACAAAUUAAACUAUAGAAAUAAAAUGUAAAAGGCAUUAUUAUAUACUUUUAAACUAGAUAUUAUUCUGUAAUGUGUGCUAGCUAUGCCAAAAUUGUAAAAUGAAAAAUGUUAUAUUUUAUACAUAUUUCUACAAAUUUAGAAAAAGUUUAUAUUUAUUAAUGAUAAAAUUUGAAUCAUGUAACGGAAUUAGAAUUUAUUCAUCUUAAAUUGUGAAUAGCUUUUGGUAAAAGUUGCCACUACAAUGGACUACAAAAUUCUCCUGUCAUAGACUAACAGUCUUAUUCAUAAUUUACAUAAUGGAGCUUUAUAAUAUGUUGUCAUAAGACUGCCAAAAGAUGUUAUAUGGCUUUAAUACUUUUUAUUAGCAGUCUGAUAACGAGUUUAUAAAGCUCCAACGAUUCACUAAUAACAGUUCUAUAAUAUUUUUGGAAGUAAAAAAAUGUGUCAGGAAAAUGUAGGUAUUUUUUUUUUAUAGUACAAAUGCAAUUUAUUGAAUACAACAAAAGCUUAGGAUUAUUUAUAAAUCGCCUGACAGGAGCAGAAGCUUAGAAUAGUAUUGUAAACUUCAAUAGGCUCAUCUUUUGAUAUCGCUCAUGUAUGCGCGCAGUAUGGUAACGAUGCGUGACCUAGAUACGUAAGCAUUGUAGAAGUCAUUUUGUAAUUGUUGAACGUGCUGAAUUUUAGUGCUUCCAAAUUUGUAGAAAUAUUAAUUGUAUAAUAAUAAUAAUGUAAAAUCGUUUUUUAAAUUGAUCAGAAAUGCGUAACUCUUUUUCAUUAA